AUGAACCAGACCGUGACUAGCGUGGCGACUUGUGUAGGAAACCGAACGUUAGCAGAUUCUGUCAAAAGUUUCCAAGUCGUGGUUAAUCCCCCGACGUUUGUUUUCGGCUUGUUUCUCAACUUUGGCGCUUUGUGUCUACUUCGCGUCCAGGUUAGAAAGUGGACAGUGUCCACCAUCUAUAUGACAAACCUGAUCGUCUCGGACAUAUUGCUGCUGUUCUCGUUGCCGUUCAAGAUCUAUGCCUACCAGAACGAAACAUGGUCCCUCGGCGCAGGAUUCUGCAAGUUCCUGGAGUCUCUGUACUAUGUGAACACCUACGCCAGCAUUCUGAUUAUCACACUGAUCAGCCUGGACCGUUACUUCACCAUCAAACAUCCCUUCCUCGCCCGUACCUUCAGAUCCACAAAGAAAACCGUGCUCGCCUGCUCCCUGGUCUGGAUUGUUGUCUGGUCCUGCUGCCUCGGCAUGUAUUUCAAACGUGGCAUGAAUUCUACCAAGAACUCCGAGUACUGCUUCUUCAACCAUUCUGACUCUGUUUGGAGUGGGACCGUUGUGUCCCUCCUGCAAUCUAUAUUCCUAGUCUCCGCUUUCAUCAUGGUCUUCUGCUCGGUCCAGAUCAUCAGGACUCUGCAGAAAAGUGGGAGCCAGAAACCAGAGGGCAAAUCCAAUAGCAAAUCUGUGAAAAUCGUCCUCUCCAAUCUGUUAACAUUUCUCGUCUGCUUCACGCCGUAUCAUGUGGGCAUGCUCGUAUACUUUUUAGCUCGGAAUUGCCGGAUAGCAGAUAGUUAUCUGCUGCCUGUGCGCAACUUUCUCCAGAUAUGCCUGUGUCUCGCGAAUAUAAACUGCGUCCUGGAUGCUAUCUACUACUAUUUUGUUCUUAAAGAGUUCUGGAAGAGAAACAGAAAAAGUCUGAAAUCCAUCAAUUUAGCUGAGGUAUAA